AUGCUCCAAGGUGUCACCAAGCGUUAUAUGGGUCCACCUCAGCAUGAUCUCUGGAAACCACGAGUAGGGAACAAACAUAUUGACAUGUUCAGCACAGCCAUGAUUGCACAGGAAGUCAAUGUGCCCAUCGUCCAGUCUCGUCAACAGCUGUCGAAAGUUUCUGUGACAAGAAUCACAAGUGGUGAUUUCAGCCGUCCAGCUAUUCGCGACACACCUCCAGAUGCACGCGAAGUAAUCAACAUUUAUGAUUCAGAGGAGGAGGAAGAUGACACUAGUGGCGAUGUUGUAAUCCUAUCGAGCCUGAUAGGGAUAGACGCAUUAUCUGAUUAGAGCAAUAGCCACCUAACUAUGAAGGCAUUGCUUGAGUGAGAAAUUAUGACAACGCAAAGAAACUUCGACCUGCAAGCAGCUUAUCAUAGCAAAGAGU